AUGGGCAAGAAACUUACGGGAUCCUCGGCAAAGUCCAAGUCGGGAGGCGUCGUGGUCCCGGCGAACACCGCCCAAAAGCCCAGCAAUGCGCCGCCUAAGCUGACCCGUAGCGACUCUGGCGUCGACGUCACGAAAGAUGCCGAAGCCAAGCCACUCCCCGUGACCCUCCUCUCCGGGUUUCUGGGGAGCGGCAAGACGACAUUGCUGCAACACAUCCUCAAGAGCGACCACGGUCUUCGGAUCGCCGUCAUCGUCAACGAUAUCGGGGCUGUCAACGUCGACGCCUCCCUCAUCAAGAAGAGCCACCGGCUGACCAAGACGGAAGAAAAGGUCAUCGCCCUGCAGAACGGCUGCAUCUGCUGCACGCUCCGUGGCGACCUGCUGGAGGAGCUGGUCAACCUCUCGGAGCUCCACGAGUUCGACUACGUCAUCAUCGAGAGCAGCGGCAUCAGCGAGCCCGAGCAGGUCGCCGAGACGUUCGACGCCCGGCUGGCCGAGCAGAUGGCCGCCCUGGGCGAGGGACCCGAGGGGCUGGACGAAAACACCAUGAAGCUGCUCAAGAGACUAGCCGACGCUGGUGGCGUCGACAAGUUCGCCCGCCUCGAUACCACGGUCACCGUCAUCGACGCCUUCACCAUCUUCAACGACUUCCACACGAGCGACCUGCUGUCUUCCCGGCGCGACGACGUCGUACCGGAAGACGAGCGGACAGUGUCGGACCUCAUGGUCGACCAGAUCGAGUUCGCGGAUGUCAUCGUCCUCAACAAGAUCGACAUGGUCUCAAAAGCCGACCGCGCGCGCGUCCUCGACCUGAUCAAGAAGCUCAACCCACGAGCCAAGGUCCUCGAGGCCAGCUACAGCAAGAUCGACGUCAAGGAGAUUGUCAACACGAACACAUUUGACCUCAAGGUCGCGCAGUCGGGCGUCGGCUGGCUCCAGGACUUGCACGCCAUGACGGUGCGCGAGGUCAACGGCCGUAAGGCCAUCACUCCCAAACCCGAGACUGAAGAGUACAACGUGCGCAACUUCGUCUACACAAGGACACGACCCUUCCACCCCCGACGCCUGUGGUCCCUCCUCUACGACAAGUUCAUCCUGCAGAUGGAGGCGCCCGAGGAUGACGAGGACGCCAUGGACGAAGACGAGGACGACGCUGACAUGAGCGACGCCGACGGCUCCGACGAGGAAGCCGAUGAUGACGACGACGACGACGAAGAAGAAGAAGAAGAAAACGACGACGAGGACGACGACAUGGAAGACCCCCUCGAGCCGCCAGAAAACGACGUGAUCCUCGCCAACAAGACGGCCCACCCGCUCUUCAACCGCCUCUUCCGGUCCAAGGGCGAGUUCUUCCUCGCGACGCGGCCGCACCGCGCGGGCGACUGGUCGCAGGCCGGCGCGAUGCUCACCAUGACGGGCGGCCGGCCGUGGUUCUGCACGCUCCCGCCCGAGGACUACCUCACGGGCGACGCCGAGGUGGACGCGCUGGUGGCGCACGACGUCGACAAGGGCGGCGAGUGGGGCGACCGCCGGCAGGAGCUGGUCUUCAUCGGCGAGAACCUCGACGUCGGGGGCCUCGAGGCCGCGCUGGACGCGUGUCUGCUCGACGACGCGGAGUGGAAGCGGUGGGGGAAGGUGAUGCGGAACGAGCGGUGGGACGACGAGAAGAAGAGGGACAGGCUGCAGGACUUGUUCGACGACGGGUUCCCGGACUGGGCGGAGGAGGACCACGGGGACCAUGAGGGACAUGACCAUGCGUGA